AUGUCGAAUUCGAAACGCGGCGAGGAGGCUUCAUGCACUUUUGUUGGCCGCGGGCCUCGAGGCAAGAGCCAAACAGGGUGCUCUAGUUCUACAGUGGUGCAAGACCGCUUGAAGCACCUGGAGAAUAUGGUUAUGUCUUUGGCAAAGAUACAGAUACCGAAUGAGCAAAUAACCGACUUCAAUACUGGCCGACCAGAAAAUGUCGCAGUCUAUAAUACUCCACCUUCCACCAGUAAUCGCGAAACAAGAUCAUCAGCUCAUGAUACAGGUAAACUGGUCGUGAAGGAUGAAGUCACUAGCUAUAUCGACAGUGCGAACUGGCGUGUUAUCCUGGAAGAGAUCAAUGGAGUAAAGGAAUACCUAAAUGAGCAGGAAGAAACUUACAGUAAGAAUGGAUUUGAGGGUGAUCCAUAUGAUAAAUCAUCACCCGUUUUACUGCUUGGAAUGAGCAAGCCUGUGUCCAGGGAAGAACUGCUGUCGGACAUUCCGCCGCGCUCAAUCAGCGAUCGACUCGUCUCUCGAUUCCUUAAGACCACAGAGCCAGUAUUGAUUACCAUACAUGUGCCCACAUUUCGCAAGGAAUAUGAACGCUUCUGGAGCAAUCCUGACGAUAUGUCGCUGACCUGGAUUGGAUAUCUGUACUCAAUUAUCAAUCUAGCAGUCGUAGUGUACAUUCGAAGUGAGGAACCUCUACCACUAGACAUGCAAGACCCAAUGAACACCUGGGAUGUAUUUCGGAAGCGAGCUUCUCAGUGUCUCGUGCAGGGCAAUUACCUCUCACCGGGUAGACACAAAUGCGAGGCCAUGUUCUUAUAUUCCAUGGUUGAAUUCUAUCGCAAUCAAGAUGCGCAGAUAGGAGUUUCACAUUUAUUCGGCAUGACUAUCCGCCUAGCUAUGCGUAUGGGCUACCAUCGCGAUCCAAGCCACUAUUCCAACCUGUCACCAUGGGCCGGUGAAAUGCGUCGACGCCUAUGGGCUGUCCUUUGUCAGCUUGAUGUCCUCAUCUCGUUCCAAGUUGGACUUCCACGAACCAUCCUUUCUUCUUACUGCGAUGCUGAGCCGCCUUCUAAUCUUCUGGACACGGACUUUGACGAAAGCUCUAAUAAACUGCCAUUUCCAAGGCCAAUAGAAGAACGGACACCUUCUUCAUAUACAAAGGCUAAAUCAUAUCUCAUGGAUGUCUUUGGAGAGAUUGUUGACCUGGCAUAUACCCGAGAACCCGCAUCCUACGAUAAAAUCAAGACCCUCGAUCGUCGGCUGGAUGAGGCGCGCAAACGACUUCCGCCAUUCUUCAAGAUACGGCCCAUGGCGGAAUCAAUAGGGGAUCCGUCAUCUUUAAUAAUUUCUCGAUACGCUCUUGAACUUCUCUAUCAAAAAGCCCGUAUAGUCCUGCAUCGCAGGUACAUGGCCGAUACGCAGGACAAGUAUUGCUACUCCAGAAACGUUUGUCUAAACGCGGCCAAGCAAACUUUGCAACAUCAUAGCGAGAUUUGGAUCGAGUCGUUAACCGGUGGUCAGUUGUAUACCGAUCGAUUCCUGAUCAAUUCUCUCCAAAACACGGACUUCAUGCUUUCGUCCAUGGUGUUGUGUCUGGCAUUGAUACAGGAUAAUGAAGGUGGGAGUUCAUCUCGCUUGGAAGUCCAUGAACAAAAAGAACUUCUUGCAUUGGUUGAGACAACCUAUGGAAUAUUUGGGCAGAAAAAAGGCCGGUCUGUCGACGUACAGCGUGCGUAUGUCGCUUUGGGCAUAAUGCUCAGUCGAGUGAAAGGUACCCAGAUCGAAAGCCUCGAGCAACCAACUAAUUCAGUUGAUGUGGGCCUCCAACUGAUGCCCACCACAAUGGACCAGCAGCAGUACCCUUUCUCCUUCGCUGAAAUGCAGGAUAUAAUGCAAUCGACAGAAACACCCUCCUAUUCGUCACUGGGUGUAAUUGAAGACAUGCUCAAUACUCCUGCUCAGAUGGACUGGAGCCUUUACGACAGCCGCAUGUACGGAGUUGAAACUACAAAUCGCGAUAAAUGGAUCCCAGAAUCUGCUGAUCUAUCUACUAUGGACUUUGGGCUUUAUCCUUCGGGGCCCUCCGAAAUGUAG